UCCAAUUGUUACAAACUUGAUUCAAGAAAAAGUUGUGUCUUGCGUACAUUACUUGCGUUACAAACUUGAUUCAAGAAAAAAUUGUGUCUUGCGUACAUUACUUGCGUUACAAACUUGAUUCAAGAAAAAGUUGUGUCUUGCGUACAUUACUUGCGUUACAAACUUGAUUCAAGAAAAAAUCUUGUGUUACAUUUUGCAGAGUAUACUCUUGAGAAACUGUAGUUUUGAUUUCUGCUUUUUUUUUUUUUUUGUCUAAUAAUCUGUUGGUUGUAAAAUUUAUUGGUUUUUGUAAUGAAGUUUCAUCGUAACCAUAUACUAUUCUAUACAUUUGUAUAAGGUCUCCAUGAAUUUUUCUUUUUCUAAUGAUUCCAGAUUCUUUGAAUUCACCAGAAAAUUGUAGAAGAUUUGAUGUCAAGAAAGAUAUAUUAGAAGUAUGCAGAGCACUAAAAAAGUAUUAUCUAAAACUAUAUGAAGCUCAACUACCAAUAAAAGCUCCUGCAAAUGUUGAUAUAAUACAUAAAUUUUUUAAUACAGUUUGUACACAAAUGGAUGUUUGUUCUAUUGAACGAAAGGAAUUUUUUGAAAAGCAAGUUAGUUACAAACCGAUUCCUUAUAGUGAAAUAUUUGUGAAAGAAAAAUCUGUAGUAUUAAUAUCUGGAAUAGCAGGUAUUGGUAAAACAUGGUUGCUUAAAAAAUGUUUGCUUGAUUGGUCAAACAAUUUGAUUUGGAAAAAUGUUGCACUUGUGUUUUAUUUGGAAUGCAGAAGGCUUAAUCAACAUCAAAAUGUUUCUAAUGUUAAUGAAUUAAUUAAUGUUUUCUACUAUGAUAUCAUAAACAAUUUUAAUAUUAGUUACCAUACUGCACUGUUUUUAAUUGAUGGAUUAGAUGAGUUUAAAUAUUUAAAUGAAUUAUUAAAUCCAAGUGUAAGUUGUAAGUAUCCGAUUGUUAAUGCUUUAAAAGAAAUUCAAAAAUACAAACAUGUAGUUGCUGGUAGAGUUAAUGCAAUUGAUCAAUACCAAAGAAUAUCUAAAGAACACAGUGAUAAGUUAACUAUUCAAAUAAUGGGGUUUAAUGAAAAUGAAAUUAAUAACUUUGUAGAAAGUAAUGUUAAAGAAGAAAAAAAAAAAGAUGUGAAAGCAACUUUAAAAGAAUCUCCUAUUGCAAAAGCCAUGGCAUCUGUUCCAUUUCAUUUAUCUUAUAUGUGUAAAAUUAUUAGUGAUUCAAAAAAUAUAUAUACAAGUUCCUUCUCAACUAUAACAGAUUUGUAUGCAAAUAUUUUUUUAUACUUUUUGCAAAGACAAGUCAUCAACAAUAAUAAAUUGUUAUAUGAGAUGAUGGAAGAAAAUUUUAAUAAAAAAAGUAUUUUAAAUAUUUGUAAAAUUGCUUAUGAAUUGUUUGUUCAAAAUAAAGUAAUUUUUUCAAAAGAAGAAAUUAAAAAUUUUAUUAGUGACUUCGAUAAAUAUAAUCUAUUUGGAUUUAUUGAAAAGAUUGAAACUGAUUUGGGCUGUCAUUAUCAGUUUGUGCAUUUGACAAUGAUGGAGUUUUGCGCAUCUGUAUAUGCAUAUAAUUGUUUAAGUAAUAACGAAAUUACGGCCAACGAAAAGCUGAAAAGUUGUUUAUCAAUAAUUUGUGGAUUAACUAAUAAAAGCCAAAAUAGUUUGUUAAGGUUUCUUGUUAACCUAAAUCCUUUAAAAAGAUCAUUCAUAGAAUCUUUACCUUGGUUCUCUAAUUUUGGAAACUGGUUCUUAAACAAGAAAGUGGUUGAUUGUACCAAAAGCAAAUGGAUUUUAGAUCAUCUAAGCGAAAGUAUUAGUUUACUUAGAAGUGAUGACUAUAAUUUAUUUUAUGAAUGUUUUUAUGAAAGUCAAUCAUCAUUUACUGAUGAAAUAUUAUUAAUAAUUGAUAAACAAAAGUUGUGGAGUAUUAAGAUUGGAGAUGGGAAAACUUCUUACGAAACAUCUUGUGAUAAUUAUUUCAUAAAUCAUUACAUAAAAUCAGGAAGAAAGUUAUCGUCACUAAGUGUUUUUAAAGAUGUUUUAAGUGAUGAUGAAAAAAAACUUUUAAUUCAAUGUUCAACUUUUGUUCAUGGUGUUGACUUUUAUCGUCCUAUUAAACUCGAUCGAUGGACACCAAAAAAUAAAAUUCACGAGUUAGGGAUAUGGAUCUCAGAUUAUUUAAUAACGAAGAAAGAUUUUGAAGAAAAUUUUCUUCCGUGGAUUCAUCUUUGUGAAGGAUUAAUUCUUUUUCUUCACAACGGCAUCGAUUUUAUUGAACAUGUUUAUGAAUGGAUUCGUUGUUUGAAUAUCAAGUGGUUUAGGAUCAGGUACCGUGGAAAAGAUUUUUAUAAUCUUGAUGAAUUAAAAAUCUUCAUAACUCUAUAAAAUGUUUAACAUAAUAAAUAUAUAAAAUAAAAAUAGUGGUUAAAA